UGCAGUUCGGUUUGUGUCUUUAUGUUCUCUGUGUGCGUUUGUGUGUUUUCAUGCCUGAUUCUGUGCGUGUGAGCAUGCCUGUUUGUGUAGUGCCUGUUUGUGUCAUGCCUGUUUGUGUGUGUUUAAGCCUUUUUGUGAGUAUGAUAUUAUGUGCAUGUGUAUAUGCAUACAUAGUUUAAAUUGCUUCUCCAUCUCUAUGAUCUUACCUGCAAAUGAAAUCACUGUCUUUCGUUUCUCUCCUCUCCAUCCCUUCCCCCAUCCCUCCAUUUAUUCUCCUCAUUCUCCUUUGUGCACUACCCAUGUGACUACAUUUUGGUGUUCAUUGGCUGGUGGUGCAAAGACAUUGAGUCAUCCAUCCAAUCUACACUGUCCUACCUCUCAUAUAAACAUAAGCAAAAGCUGCAUGCUUAUGAAUUAGAACUGUGUCUGUAUGCCAGGGAGGUGCAACCCUCUCUCUCACUUGUGUUUUGAAACAGUCAUUGUCUACUGCUAUUUUUUCUUACCCUCAUCAUGCUGUGACUAGCACUCGAUCUCUUUGCAUCUUUUCUAUCAUUCUCAGUUUACAUGUAUGUGGCUGCAGUGCUGGAGCAGAAAACAUGGUUGUAACACUGGCACAUGGUGAUGCUGGAGGUACAUUAGCUUCUCCUGACUACAACAGUAAAAUUUAAAGCUGUCCCUGUCAUACUUUUAUACUGAAGGUUGUAAAUGAUGAACCAGGAUGAAUUAAAAUCACGUACAAUGCAGGAGUUGCGUGACAGGCUCCAGCCAGAGGUGGCCGAGCUGAUCAAGCAGCAGAGGCUGAACCGGCUGUGCGAGGGUGCCUGCUUCAGGAAGAUCAGCACUCGCCGCAGACAAGAUAAGUUUUUGUAUUGUCGACUGUCUCCAAAUCACAAAGUACUGCACUAUGGGGAUGUAGAGGAUUUGUCACAGGGACAAAUCCCCCAUGAAUCUCUACAAGAGAAAUUAACAGUAGCAGAUAUUAAGACAUUGAUAACUGGGAAAGAUUGUCCUCAUGUGAAGGAGAAAGGAGCGCUAAAGCAAAAUAAGUACUGCAUCUGGACAGAUGGCCUGAAUGCUCUGUUGGGAAAAGAGAUGACAAGUGAACUCACCAAGUCAGAUAUGGACACACUGGUUACCAUGGAGAUAAAGCUCCGCCUCUUAGACCUUGAGAAUGUUCAGAUUCCUGAAGUUCCGCCCCCUGUACCCAAAGAACCCAAAGAUUAUGACUUUGUUUAUGAUUACAGCCAACAGCACACUUGAGAGGCACUGCAUCACAGCUGUUGGACUAUAAUGUAUUUACUCUUGAUCUACAGUGUGGGCCAGGACAAAAUAAAGUGUCUCCAUUUCCUGGAAAUUUGAAAGGAUAUUUUAAUCGAAAGGUUUGGAAGAGGCUUUGGCUGGGAUACUGUCACUGAUUCACAAACCUUCUCAUACUGACUGUCCUGCUUUCCAAGACUGUUUGUAAUACUGAUUCAUCGAUUUCCCCCAUCUUAAAGGCUGUAACAACACUUUAUGGGCCUCAGUGAUGUUUGUUAGAUGACCCUAACAACCCUAAGGGUUUGUUUGAUAGCCUUCUAGGGCCAAGGGUAUCAAGUUAAUUUAACUAUAGACUUCAGGAGCAGAACUUGUCAAAUGUAGCUAUUCCUGAGCAGAAACAUAAGCAAUAAAUAUCUAAUAUUUCAAAAAUAUGGCAUUUGUUUUAUUUUCCAAUUGGAUUUUAUGCAACCAAGUCCAUUUAAAUAUAACAGUUGAUGAUAUAGUUACUUUAUUCUUUAUGUAGGUAAGCUGAUAUUAUAUUGUUUGAAAGAAAGAAAGAAAGAAAGAAAGAAAGAAAGAAAGAAA